AUGGCCGCCAUGAACCCUGAAUACGACUACCUCUUCAAACUUCUCCUCAUCGGAGACUCCGGAGUCGGAAAAUCGUGUCUUUUGCUCCGUUUCGCCGAUGACACCUACACGGAGUCCUACAUCUCCACAAUUGGAGUAGACUUCAAAAUCCGCACCAUUGAGCUCGACGGAAAGACAAUCAAAUUGCAAAUCUGGGAUACUGCUGGACAGGAACGUUUCCGUACAAUCACUUCCAGUUACUACCGUGGAGCUCACGGAAUCAUCGUCGUCUACGAUAUCACUGAUCAAGAAACUUUCAAUAACGUGAAGCAAUGGCUUCAAGAAAUUGAUAGGUACGCUUGCGAGAACGUUAACAAGUUGCUUGUUGGAAACAAGUGCGAUUUGACGGCGAAGAGAGCUGUCGAGACUCAAGCCGCUCAGGAUUACGCUGGACAACUCGGAAUUCCAUUCCUCGAGACAUCAGCCAAGUCAUCGACCAACGUUGAACAGGCUUUCCUCACCAUGGCAUCUGAGAUCAAAUCGCGUAUGGGACCAGUUCAAGGAGCCGGCGGAGCUCCAGGAGUUCGUAUCACGGGAAGUCAACCGGUUCAAGACAAGAAGAGCAGUGGAUGCUGUUAA